GGACCAAUGAGAGCUCAGUGUAAGGUGACAGCAGCCUUCAGAUGUAUGCGGGAACAGUACAUGUGUUGUCGUGGAUUAACCCUGAGAAAGCUCACGAGACAACUUGGAGAUAUAACUGAAACUGCGUGUCAUUUUUUUUACUUUACAUGAACAGGUGAGUUGUUGCAAACGUAAAGUAAGUUGUUUUUUAUCCGACAGAAAUGCCUGCUAGCUGUGGAGUGGUUGAUAAGUAGAUUCUGUGGCUGAAGUAUUAUCAGCUGAUGGUUCUGUUUCUGUAUCAUCGAGAAAACAAACUUGAUUACACGAACUACUGAGGGAAAGGAAAAGACGCCCUUAUGAAGAAAACUCUUCGUAAAAACAACAGACGAAGCUGGAAAUUGGAGAGAUAAGUCAUUACAACCUCAGAAAGUAAAGUUGUGCUGUAUGGUUGUGUUUCAGUCACCAUGAUGAGGAUGAUGUCCUGCUGUAAAAGAGGAGCUCCAUCCAGCUGCUUCACCUUCACUGUCCUGCUGCUGCUCUUCUGUCACAUAGCCAUCAUCACUGGACAAAAGGUGAGUUAUUCUGCUUUAUAUUUAUACAUGGACUAACUUCCAAUUAGACUGAAGUUCAUAUUAAUAUUUAAUUAUGACACACAAACGCAAACAAGAUCAUCCCUGACAAGAUAGAUCAUUUUGAUUUUGUUAUUUUUAAUAACAAAGUGAGAAUGUAGGCAUCUGAGAAAAUGACCCUGUUUACAUUUUCCUUCUAUCAUAUUCACAAAAAAGUGAUGUAUUUGAUGGUCAUUAGUCAGCAGAUUGAGCUUUGUUGUCAGAGGACUCGACAUAAACGUGUAAGCAAUAUGAUGACAAUGCUGUGUCCACAGGGGGCGCCAAAACUUACACAAACUGAAAGUUUUUCACAGGAGCUUUAAGAAAUCAGCAAAUAUUGGCAAUGAAAAUAUUGAUUUCUCUUACUGUCGCUAUUUGUGUAAAAUUGGAAAUGUUACAUCAUGCUUGUGUCAGGACAAAGUCACAACAGGCUGACCAACUCAAUGUUGUUCAGUGUGUCUUUUAACAUGAUUAUAACUGAGCAUGAAGUUAAUCACCAGAGAAACCCUGACAUAGAGACACUGACUCACACAAAUGAGCACAGAGCCAACCAGAGGAGUAAGCAAAUAUAGUGCCAUCUAUAGACCCCAAGGGCCUGAAAGAAAAGUCCCACAAAUAAACUGAAAAAGGGGGUCAAUCUCAGACUCUGGAGGCCCAGGUCAGUUAUCUACUUUGUAUGCUGUGCGCGCGUGUGUGUUUUGUUGUUGUUUUGUCUUUUUCUGCAAUGGUAUGAAGUUUCGAGUUUUCUCCACACAGGACCUUUCUCCCUUACAAGUAUCCUAAAUUAUGAAAAACUACAACUAACACAAAAACAAAUAAAAGCUAAACUAAAACCACGUUUGUUUUGUUUUCUGUCCGUGCAGUCUGACUCUGCGUUAACCUUGGUGGAGAAUACAGAAGCAGGAGGUGAUGAAGAGGAGGAGGUGACAGUUGAUGAGGAAGAGGAGGAAGGAGAUUUAGAGGUGGUCAAACCAACAGAGGAGUGGCAAACACUCAAACCAGGUAAUAUAGUGAGAGAUGUACUGCUUCUCUUGUAUGUUUAAAGCAGAUCCUCUUUUGCUUCAGACUCACUGUUUCUGUCUACGUGUGUUUGUGGUUUUUUUGUGUGUGUUUGUGUGUGUACAGGUCAAGCAGUACCAGCAGGAUCCCAUGUGAGGCUGAAUCUGCAGACAGGUCAGAGGGAGGUCAGGCUGGGAGAGGAACAGACGAAAUACUGGACCCAAGAACAUAGGUAUAAGUCUAAAAUGACAUCUUACUCCUUUCCUGUAAACUCUAUCUGGAAACACAGAAAAAACAAACAGAAGAGUGUUUUCAGAAAUGUAUACCAGAUGAAAGCAGUGCUUCUGUGUAUCCAUAACCAAUUAAAAACCACAAUAACACAAUGUAACUUUUCAUUAUUUGUGUCUUUGAUUCUAUUUUCUACUUUCAAAUCAAACUGCCCUCAUACUUCUACAAACACUCUGGGCCUAACCCACAAAAGGUUUAAAAAUAAGUAUAAACUUUAAAACACCUGUAGUAUUGUUCAUCAAGUACGUUUGCCUUGAUGAAUAUGCAGCACAGGGUGUUUCUGCUUCACAGUGCGAAAUACUGGGCAGUGUAUGAUCUGUGAAUUACUCAGACUGGAAACAGUUUCUGUGAUUUUGACUGCACUUAAAUAUCUCACCUCUGAACAGAAGGUGCAGAUCACUGUGUUGUGCACAGUUGACUGCUCUUAAUGUCACAAGAGGGCAGGGAUGAACAGACACACAUCAGUCCAUUUCAAAGUCGUUUCUAAUGAACUGUUUGGGUUAUUUUUGAUAAUCACCUGUACAUCAAGAAUCUUUAAUGGAGAGAAAACACCAUGAUUAUACAAACAUUUAUCCGUUGUCAUUCAUGCUGUUCUUCUUACUUGAUCAACUGCAAGACGCACACCAGCAAAACUUCCAAUUUCAGUUGAGUUCAGUUCAGACAACUUUAUUCAUGUGGGAGGUUCAUGUUUUCUAUGAUUGACACCUGAUACAGCCUAUGGGCAUACGAAGAUUGCGCAGCUCACCCGGGGGAUACGCUGUUUGAGCCGAGCAUCAUCAUGGUGACUCUCGGUGACUCUCCGAGAGUCACUGUGAUUGUGUAUAUAAACUGUAUAUUUUCUACAUACAGCCUAUGAGUACAACUCAAAGUUUUCCUUUUCCAAUUUUUGUUAAUGUUGACACUUUAACACCAGCUGACCAUUACAUACUCAUGGCCUCCCACAAAGACAACGAGCCGCUGUUAAUGUAACAUUUUGAUUUACCACAAGUUUAAAUCUGUCUUUUCAGGGAGCAGGAGGAAAACCAGUUCUCCUUCAGUCCUGAGGAGCUCAAACAGGCCAUGAAGAAGAUCAAAGAGGACCUGAACACUGGGAGGAAAGACUCAGAGCAGCAGGUAACAUUGCAGCAUGCAUUAUUUUAUUUUGGUAUCAGAACUUCCGACACUAUUUUGAUGAAGGCUACAUGAUAUUAGAGAAAACGAAAAAAGAGAUCUUGUUUUUUUCUGCAGAAUACUGCACUGUAGGUGGCUGAAACAGUUACAUGUGGUGUAUUUUUUGUGGUGUACAGAUAUUGAAAUAACAAUCAUGCUGGUAUUAUUUGUUGCUUUUGUGUCUAUUCUAACAAAUAACCACUGCCUCCUAGUUUAUCACUCUUGAUCAGCCCUCUGCCAGAACUUUCCUCAUUACAUUACAGAAUAUAUAAAACUAAAGAAACAGACAUUUCCAUUGUAGUUGUGUUAUUUUGAAGUCAUUGAGCAGCUGUAAGGAUGCAUAAAUGUAUGUUUAAUCUGCAUCUCCAUGUUGGUAAGAUUUUGAGGCAAAAGCUCACUGCAUAGGUGCAGGUUUGGCCUCACAGUUAUUGUUAAAAUGCAUUUAUACACAUAGAGGCUAUAGCUCUCAAACCUGCAGCCCUUUUAAACUCUCAGACUCUAACUGCCACAUGAUCACUUUGCUGUGCUGUCUUUUUGCUGGAUGUGUCCUCUGCUUGAUGUCUGUCCGUAGGACUCGGUGGCAUCAAAGUUUCGUCCUCUGGAUGAGUUAAAGAAAGACAUGGCUCAGCUGGAGAUGCUUAUGGAGACAGAUGUUCAGGUACAUCAGGCUGUCUUAAAAGUUGAAGGGGACUUUUGGUGAUUAUGUUCUUAUUUAUGUGAUUAGGAAACAAUCACAAGGUCAGCGUUCACCUCUUUCAUAUCAAGGAUGUAAUGUGUUUGUCCUUAGCUGCUUCACAGUGAAAUACUCAUACAGCUGCAGGAGAUGGUAUUUGAGUGUUUGUUCAAGCUGAAUGUGAGUGUGUUGUUCUGGUGUGCAGAUAAUGAAGCGUCUGCUGGAGCAGUUUAACAGCAGCAACUCGACCACAGAGCAGAGGCUGAGCGUUCUGCUGGAGCUGGAGUACCUGGUGCAUCAGGUGAUACAACGCACAGUCAUUCAAUUUAUGCACAAAACCUGCAAAUCAUAGCCUGCAGGUUUGUGGUAUGUUUCUAAAUAUUCCUGCAUGUAUGUGUGUGUUUAGGUGGAUAAUGCUCAGACACUCUGUUCCAUGGGGGGUCUUCAGUUAAUCCUUCAGGGUCUGAACAGCUCCGAUUUCAGAUUACAGGAGAGCUCUGCCUUCGUCCUUGGAUCAGCUCUGGCGAGGUGCAAACAGUAACAUCUCCAUUAUUCAUAUUCAGGAUCUGACAGCGAGAUCCAUUCGGUGAAUCAGCUCUCUAAAAGCUGUGCUCCUCGUUUUGCAGUAACCCGGUGGUCCAGGUGAAGGCUGUGGAAAGCGGCGCCCUGCAGACACUCUUAACCACACUGGUAACGGCGGAACCCCUCCACGUCAAAAAGAAGGUCUCUCUACAUCCUAAUACGAUACUUUUCAUUCCUAUGUGGUGAAAACAGACAUGUCUAACUCAGCUGUAACAUGUUUCAUCCUCCUGUCAGGUUCUGUUUGCCAUCGCUGCGCUCCUACGUCACUUCCCCUAUGCACAGCGUCACUUCCUGUCACAUGGUGGGCUGCAGGUCCUUUCAGUGCUGUUCAAAGCAGACAGAGGAGGGAUUCUGCGCACACGGAUCGUCACUAUGCUCUACGACAUGAUCAGUGAAAAGGUACGACCAUCAUUAUCAGCUUUAUUUGUAGUUUGUAGAGGAUAACAGUGUCAUAAUAAAGUCCUUUAGGUCACAGUUCAUUGUUUGAAAUUUUGGACAAAGGUCAUGGUCUGAUAAAUAGACUGGUUCCUGUUCUUAGCUGCACUUAAAUUAUCUCCAAGUAGAGUCUCAAUCAUAGACUGACAUUUUGUUUAAAAGUCAUAGAAGUCUCAUUUGAGUGUGUUUUAAUCUGCAAAAAGCUUUGAGAAACUUGAAACAUUAUCAAUGUGUAACUAUAAUUUGUUAGCUAAAUAUUUGGCGAAAGGCUGAAAAAUCUGCUUUAUGAUUGACACUGUGUGAAAGAUGGUUUUCAUAUCCUCCAAAUUAAAGGGGGCUUAGGGUAAAGAACAAUGAACAAACAAACACCAAACGUCAGCUUGUCUCCACACUCAAAAAGCUGCACCAUCCUGAAACCAGACAGGAUGGUAGCCUGUGGCCGGAGUGAAAUUAAGUCAUGGUCAAACACACCAUAACACCGAGUUAGGCACCCCUGUCGAGAGAUGAAUGUUGCCGACCGCUUGCUUCUCUAGUUAAACCAACUUUAGUAACGACCGCACGCUAGUAAUACACAGCGGUCUUUCCCUCCAUACGCAUACCUCAACCAAAUGCUGCGAAACUCUGCUGCACUCAGUGAUCGACUCGUCAGGGCUCCCCCCGCAAACAAGCGGCUGCUGGAGGACAGUAGGUGAGUUGUGUUUGGUCUCUUUGUUAAAGAAAUCAGGCAAAGCUAAAAAGAUGUUUGGUAGUUAGUACUAUGGCUGGGACCCUAUAUGUACUGUUGAUGAAGUUCGGUGCUGUUCUGAGCAUUAUUUGUGGCUAUAGAGUGGCGUUUUGGUUGAGGUUUGUGCGUGGAGACGUAGACGCCGUGUAUUGCUAUCAUUUGGUCGUUACUAAAGUUGGUAUAACUAGAGAAGCAAGCAGUCGGCAACAUUCAUCUCUGGAGGGGGCGUCUAACUCGGUGUUACGGUGUGUUUGACCCUAACUUGAUUUUAGGAGCUCCUUCAUCAGCUCUGCUAACUUGCUAGAAGGACCAGGUGGUGUGAAUCCGACUUGGCUGCUGUAAAACAAAGUGCUGAGUACCUCUCUGCAACACUCUAUGCCUCUCGGUUCCUCUUAGGAUCUAGACAGCUGUUUAGCAUCUCUACACAUCUUGUUUCCCAGAAUUUGUGCAUGCUCAAUAAAUGCAUUUGUUUUAGAGCAUUCACGCACAACAAUGAUGAUCGUAACCAACAACAAUGGGAAACACCUGGACUUAGUUACAAAUCUCAAUUCCAGUGAGGUCGGGCUGUUGUGUGAAAUGUGAAUUAAAAACAGUCAUCUGCAAAUCCUUUUCAGAAUCAGAAUCCUUUUUAUUGGCCAAGCAUGUGAACACACACAAGAAUGUGACUCUGGUAAACUUUGCCAAACUUUUUUACAGACAUUAAACAUGAAAUGUUACAGAAAUGACAAAGUAUGUACAAACAUGAACUACACAUUCAACUUCUAGACAAGACAGUAGUGCAAGGAUGAGGAGUGAAGUGAUUGAGAAAAAUUAUGUCAUCAUAUUAAAGGUGGGCUAUGUACAUGAGGUAAAUAUUCAUUAUAUUUUUCAGUAUUAACAUUAAAUUAGAUAUUAAGUAACAGUGUUCAGAGGUGUGUACCAUGAGAGGACUGAUUAUAGAUAAACUGUUUAAUAAAAGUUUCACAGCAGUCUUUUUGGGAGUUCAUCAGACCAACAACUGGACCUUUAUUCAACUGAAUCCACUACAAAGACAAGAUAUUCAAUGUUUAAACGGAUAGACUUUUAUCACCAUAAGUCCCAAAUCAGAAACUGAACAUUGUGUUUGUUCUUAUCCUCUUGCUAACACUGCACUUGUUGUUUACUCAGUAAUGUUGAACAAUAAUGAUAGUUUGACCUGCUGACCCUUGUUUGGGUGGCAUUUUUAGGCCUCCAGCAUGUUGCUUACUCUGUUUUUUGUUGUCCCUUCAGGAACUGAUCUCUCAGGCAGGCCUGGACUCAGUUCUUGAUGCGUCUCAUGACGAGCGGGUCCGUCAGUACUCAAAGGUCUCACUGCAGGGAGAGCUGUUGGAAAAAGGCUGGUGUGGUCUGGUCCCACAGCUGCUGGAGUCCAUUGAACAUGACUACAGAGAGAAGGUGGGCUGACUGUUUUAUUGUGAUGAACAGAGGACCUUCUUGAAUAGACACAGUGUAUAAAUGAACCUGUAUUGUGUUUGUUUUAGGCUCUGCGGGCUUUGGUUGCAAUGUCUCCGGUGUGUUUGGAUCAGUACCGCUCAGACAGCAAUCUCCUCGGGGUGCUGAUCUCUCUCAGAGACCAGUAUGAGGAGAUGGUCCAGUCUGAGAUGAUCCUGGGAGAAGAGAACAGCUACUUUUCAGAGAUUGUAGAACUUAUUGAUGCUCUAAGAGUCAAAAUGAAACAGUAAAAGAAUUUUUACAGUGACUAUUACAUACAGGAAGGAAAACACAGAACCUCAUUUCUCAGCUCUGGGUCUCCUCAUCUCCUACACUCUCCUGCCUUUGACCCAGAAACUGAUCUCAGCCCCAUCCUGAUGGUGUAAAAGUUUGUAAAUGCCAUUUUGAAGGCAAAAGAGGCGCACAGGAGGAGCAGAGAGCAAGGGUGUACAGAUGUUUACUCUGCGGAAGUCUUUGCUGCAGCCAUGAUCUGCAGCUGGACUUUUCAGACCUUGUAUAAGUAGAGAAGAGUGGUUGUCUUUAACACUGCAAUGCUUAUUUAAAGGAGAUUAUAAAAUAAACCAGAGACCCCAAAGAACAAAAAAAUGCUGCUGUGCCAAAAUUUACAGUUUAGGGAUGCACUUUUGGAACUGAACCACAGGAUUCCUCUCUCUGGCCUUCCCAGUUUGCAUAUCAGUCGGAGGAACUGAGAUCCAAGGAGGGAUGGAAAAAGGCUGAAAAAUGUUUCACUGGAGAUAAAACAUCCUUGAUUCACACCGCCAACCACAGAAGUCAAAACUCCUGAAAAAUGGUUGACAGCAUGAAAUGCAAGGACAGAACUGUGAGGAAAACGGUGAUGGUUCAAGCAGGCCAGCUGUUUCAGUUUUAUUGAACUUUCGAAUCAGGAUCAGGUUAUUAAUAAUGAUAAGAAAAAAAAAUUAAGUAUGUGCUUUUUUUGGUGUUCCAAACCUUUGAGCAGGAUUGGGAUCAUUUUCACUUGAAUAAUCAGGAUUAUCCUAAUCCCAUUUGAGAGCUGGAUUACAGAAACUAAAUGCAAGAAAACGUAAAAUUGUUCAAACAAAACAACAUUUUACAAUUUUACAAAAUGUUGUUCAACGUUUUUUUUUAACAAUUUAGACCUUUCUGAUUUCUGGCUCUUGAUUUGCUGGAAUUUUGUGAAAGAGAUCGACAUAAUGUCUGUAAAAGAGACUUCAUCCCCUAAAAAAGUCACCACAAAGCUGAUAAUACUAAUGUGAAAUGUGUGAAGUAACUGUGGGCAGCUUUUCAGUUGGUGUGAAUUUUAAAACCACAUGUGGACAAAGUUUGCACUCCAUAGUUUUUUUCUUUUAUUUGGAUUGAGUGUUCUUUGCAAGUCUGUAUCCAAGUCAAAUUAAUGUGAUCCAGUUUUAUUUAUUUAUUUUUUUUUUUGAAAAAGCAAAAUAAUAAUAUGUUUAACUUGAUCUUAAACAGAAAAGAGUGGAUACUUUGUAUCCAGAUUAAAUUUUUUGAAAAACAGACCGGGAGAUAUAAGGUCGAUAAAUCUGUCACACUGACCUGACAAACUCAGAUUGUAUCAAUGUUUUUACAGUGUCUUUUUUAGUGGCUGGAGAUUUUUUCAUUCACUUUUUGUUUAUAAGUUAAGAAUAAAUGUAUUGAAACUUGGUAUUUUGUCUGUAUUUAGAGAAACCUGCUUAACACACUGAGCCAAAAGAUAAUGUUCCACUGAAUUGAUUAGUAACACCUAUUAAGAUAUGCUGCUCUGUGUCUCUGAAUACAUCUGCACAUGCCCACUGAGGAAAUAAUUAUUUGACAGGGAAUCGACGUAAGCCAACUGAAAUGAGCUUCAAGUUUUUGAAAAAUAGUUAUUGUAUAAGUUGGAAAUUAUCAAUAUAACCUUGUCAAAUAUACAGCAAUAAACAAGUAAAAAUAUGAAUUUUGCACACAAUACGUUCAAAUUUCAAAAAUGGAUAAAUAUAAAAAGGUUUUGAGUUUAUAAUAGGCCUUGAGCUGGGACUCCAAAUAUGGGGUCAUCGGUAUCAACUGGGGGGAAUGAUUCUCAUAGUGAUUUUUGGGUAGGUAUACACCUCUAGUACUAGAAAAAAAUUGAUAGCAUUGCAUCUCUGGUAGCUUUCUGUGUGUUAUCACUCCAUUUAUGACCACAUACCAAAACAGAGUUUUCAAAAUCCGAAUUAAUCAUUCUAAUUCAAACUGAUGGUUCUCUCUCAUUAAUUGACCCUAUCUCUGUGAAAAAAUGUCAGGAUAAAGCCCAGGCUAUAUAUUGUUCAGUAGAGUUGUUGGAAUCAGCAUCUCUAGAUGUUUUUUUCUCUUAUAAGCAGUGACAACAUAGUGACAAUGUGUGUCUUCCGUUUUCAUGAAAGAUGUAACACAAAGGUUUAAUUUGUACACAACCUAAACAUUUUAAUACAUAAAACAUGGUAAGUAAUGCAUAGGCUAGAUAUUUCUACUUUAUUCCUGCUGUGAUUUAAGUUGUCACACUCACACCUGGCCUGAGUCAGUCUAAAUGGAUUUACAUGCAUGCAUUGACAUGUCUCAUGUAUGCCCCAAAAGCACCAACCAUCAAGCUCAAUGAGCUCAGGUAUCACCUUUUCUGUGCCAAAAAAGGUGAAAUUGAAAGUCAUCAACUCCCACCUUGCAAGGACUGUUUAACAAAACAUGCACAGCGAGCAAAUUACCAGGCUGGUAUAUGGAGAAGAUGCCUGGAGCAAUACCCACAUUAGCCAAGCCCUGUUGGCAGAGGGUGGACAAUGGAGACAGAAGGUGAAUCUGAACAGUUGGUGGUACACUGGAUGGACGGCCAGCCAGCACCUGAUGCGGUCCUGGAUCUACUGGCCUGUAACUGUCCAAAGAAAUGUUCACUCCCAAAAUGUGUCUGUAUUGCAAAUGGCCUCAAGUGUACUGACAUGUGUAGACUGGCAGACUGUGAGAACCAAGCAUCCACCUCAGACAGUGUGGAAAGUUCAGAUGAAGAAGACAUGGAAGAAGUUGAUUAAAAUGAUUUUGAUUAUUAGGUUGUGAAUGUAUAGUAGUCAAAAGUAUGAUCUGUAUAAUUGAGAAUUGGAGAGAUUCAGGCCUACACUAUUCCUGAACGGCAAAUGUAGGGAUAUACACCAAAACCACCUUUCUUGGUUUAACUCUGUCUCAGAACAAAGCAAAGAACAAGCCAGGAACUGACAUGUAGAGAAGGUGGCGAGGAUCCAGGCAAAAAUAAACAUACCAAAAAAAAAAACAAACGAAAAAAAACACCCUCCCCUACUGUUGCUACCUUGUCGUGGUGGGGAGGCUUGUGUGCCUCAGUGACCCUGAAGACUGCACCGAUCAGGGUUAUACCCCUGGUAGGUACAACCAAGCCGGGCAGUUUUCAGGUUAGAGGCCAGUCCAAAAGCAGCAUUGCCAUCACCCUCUUUCAAUGUGCUUUCACUGUGAUAAUAGUUUCACUGUGAUAAUAGUUCAUGGGAAAAGGAGUAUUUUGGGCAAAUUCUAAUGAGUUUUCAGCUCAUUUGCGUAUUGUUGUCUGGCGAAAUUAACAUACUUUUCCAACUAGGAUUUCUUAGGACUUAUGUUAGUCUAGAAACCUUAUAGAAAUGAUGUAUGGUAAAAUGAAACCCUUUCUAUAGGUUUUUUGGGGGGUUAAGUUGUAUGUUUUCAUAUAUUGACCAAUGUAAUUUUCGCCUUGUGUUAUAAAAUAAAAUGCAUGAUAGCACCCAUUUAGCUACCACUGCUGCAAUGCUAUCACAUAUUUUCUAACUCUAUACAUGUAUACAAUGUCAAAAAUCACUAUGAUUGCGUGCGCUCCCUGCUAUUGCCUUUCAUGAUGGCUCGUGAUGGGCAGGAAGGGGCUCUUCCUGCCUCGGGCUUCCAUGCAAGCGCGUGGAAGGGCAGGGACCCGGAACAGAAUCAUGCCGCCAAAUUUAACUUGCACAAUAAAGCAAAAAAUUUUGACAAAGUGUACCUGACUGAAAUAUAGGCGACACAAUGUUAGAUGAAGUAGAGUCCUUCACCUACCUGGGGAGUAUCAUCAGCAGUCAAGGUGGUACGGAUGCUGAUGUGAAAGCUAGGAUAGGCAAGGCAAGAACAUCAUUUCUACUCCUCAAUAACAUCUGGCGCUCUAAAGAGAUACAGGAAGUAACAAAAAUCAGAAUCUUUAACUCCAACGUUAAUCUGUCUUGCUCUAUGGGGCAGAGACAUGGAGAACCACUGAGCUCACAAUACACAAGCUACAAACCUUCACAAACAAAUGUCUCAGAAGAAUCCUGAAAAUCUACUGGCUGAACAAGAUCAGCAACAACGAUCUCUGGAUGAAGACACGACAACUCCCAGCAGCAGAUGAAAUUGGACGAAGAAGAUGGAGAUGGAUCGGGCACACACUACGCAAACCAGAGUCAAACACCACCAGGCAGGCUCUGACCUGGAACCCUCAGGGGAAGAGAAACAGAGGCUGGCCUAAAAAAACACCUGGCGGCGAGAUCUCCAGGCAGACACCAAGAGACUGGGAUGCACCUGGUCGCAGAUAGAAAAGAACGCCAUAGAACCAUAGAACGGAUCGUAACAGUCUAUAACAGCACCAACAACAUCUGCUCCGCCUUUGAAGGGGCUGGAAGCACCUUACAUUAGAUACAAUGCUGUAAACACAGUGGACAAGUCAUCAAUUAUUCGUUGAUGACGCAUAGAGACAACCAUUCAAAAUAUGCCCUUGGGGAAAUCUGGAAUUAGCAAUUACCCGAACCCACAUGUCUUGGGAUGGUGGGUUAAACGUUAAGACAUGUAAACUCUUAAGACAAGCCCCAGUUGGCCAGCAGGUUCAAUCCCAGAACACCCUUCAUCACAGUUCUGGCUUUAGAUUUCAACAUGUUGAAAACUAGAUAACAUGAGAAUUUACAGAGGAAUUUUGUUGACUGCAUUACCUACAGGUAGCUAUGUUGAUUCUGAUUUCUAAAUCUAACACUUCUACUUUUUGAAAGCUGUGUUUGUGUGACAAAGGUAUGUUUCAACCCCAAUAAUGAUGAUUUUGUUUAAAUAACAUGUUAUUUCAUUCAAGAAAAGAGAAGCUCGCUCUGACAAAUUUGUCACAUCCGGCUUUCACUCUUUAAAAUAUUCAUAAAAAAUCCCAUGUGACGUAUUUGUCACGAUAAAAAAAAAGGUAGAAGCUGAAGCCCAUUUAAUAAUUUUUAAUCAAUAUAUUUUGGAGGGGUUUCAUGUCCCAAUGAUCCCAGGAGCUAUGUUGUCGGGGGCUUUAUGCCUCUGGUAGGGUCCCCCAUGGCAAACAGGUCCUGCGGGAGAGAUCAGACUAAGGGUAGCUCAAAUAGAUCUCUUAUGAAAAUAACUGGUACUAAGUUUCACUUGCCCAGAAGAGGGUCACCAGGGCCCUGCCCUGGAGCCAGGCCUACGGAUUAGGCUUGAUGGUGAGCGCCUGUUGGUGCUUCCGAUGGGCUCACUACCCAUAGGAGAGGCCAAAGGGGUCCGGUGCAGUGCAAGCCAGGAAAACCCUACCCACCUGCUGGAACUGAGAGAUCCCCUUACUCUUUGGCUAUUACAGGGGAUCCUUUAGGCAGAUAUUUAACAAGACAAUCCCACCUCAUCAAAGAACAUCUGGAGCAGAACAGGCUGCUGUUAAAUCACCAGGAUAACAGUGAGGUGGAUCAGGUCC